GCCGUGCGUGCGCGUCGGAAUUCCUCCAGUCAGCGCUCAAUGGUGUCAAUCAGAACAUGGCAUCGUAAAACCUUGAGCAUCCUGGAAACAGUGCCAUGUGGGUUAUAGCACUACGCGAUACUUAAAGAAGUACCAUCUCGUGAGUGCAGUAAACAGAUGAAGACACCGUGUCGCGAAAACAUUACGGCAACGGUCAGCGCAGCCUCAGAUGUCAAGGAGCAACUUUAACCCAAAAUAUCCUUCGAUUUACGGAAGAUGGGGAGCAUAGGGAAAUGUCUGCUCGAUAAAGACAUGCUACUUGUGCACAUGUACAGUUUAUAUACAGGAGGGCGCGAAGUCUUAGCUGGAGAAAGAACGGCAGAGAAGGAACAAAAGAGUAAGCGCGCUCAAGAAUAUCUCCGGGAGUAGCGGCUCGUGGCUCUUGUGUAGCCAACUACACGCGCUCUCCGUUCUCAAGCAGUGACAAGCGUCAAACUACCUAUAUCACUACAAGCGACAAUGGCUCACGAACAAGGGGUUUGGGGGUCAAGGUCCUUCAAAAUGCGUUGUGAUGACCAUCACAGAGUGCAAAACGAGGAAAUGCACAAAUUACCUUCAAGCACGACAGUGAAAAAGGACUCGGCAAUUCAUCUUUCUCCACUAACACACUACAUGUUCUGAAAUACACCGUUACUUUCCCAUGUAGCCGUUUGAAAAAACCGGAACGAAGCAGUCUAGCAACAAGAAAGACCUGGACACUUAUAAACCCUUUUUCAUAAAAGCCUCUAUCAAGGCAUACUUCUCUGUGUUAAACUAUCUUCACAGACUCGCUGCGCGGUGAAGUUGAUUUCCAAAGGAAACGGAAGAGAGAAGAAAGGAAAGAGGAAGAAGAGAAGAGAAGAGAGGGAUGAACAAUGGAAUAUGGAGAGAGGGAAGACCCAGACACAAAGCAUGGGGACAGACAGGCAGAUCCUUUGAGUGUGUAGUCUGUGAUACCGGCCCUCUGAGACACUGUCUGCCCCGUUGUCCUCUGACAUCAUGAGCUGGAGCUUCCUGACGCGCUUGCUGGAGGAGAUCCAGAACCACUCCACCUUCGUGGGGAAGCUGUGGCUCACCGUCCUUAUCGUCUUCCGCAUCGUGCUGACGGCCGUGGGCGGCGAGAGCAUCUACUACGACGAGCAGAGCAAGUUCGUGUGCAACUCGGGCCAGCCGGGCUGUGAGAACGUCUGCUACGACGCCUUUGCGCCCCUUUCGCACGUACGCUUCUGGGUCUUCCAAAUCAUCCUGUCCGCCGUGCCUUCGCUCAUGUACAUGGGCUAUGCCGCUAACAAGAUCGCCAAGAUGGAGGACAUACGGGGCGGAGGGUCAGGAGCGUCGGGAGGCACCGGGACGAGCACCGGGGGUGGUGGCGGCUACACGCACCGCCGACCCAGGAAGAUGUACUUCGGAGCGCGCAAUAACCGGAGUGGGAUGGAGGAAGGCGAGGAGGAGCAGGAGGAUGACCCUAUGAUCUACGAGGUGCCUGAGCCGGAGCCUCCACGGCGAGACCUCAUGCCUCCGCGGCCCAAGCCCAAGACGCGCCACGACGGACGGCGGCGCAUCCGUGACGAUGGGCUCAUGCGCAUUUAUGUGCUUCAGCUGGUGACGCGCACAGCGCUGGAGGCCGGCUUCCUGGCAGGCCAGUACCUGCUGUACGGCUUCCGCGUGGCCCCGGUGUUCGUGUGCUCAGGCAAGCCGUGCCCGCACAACGUGGACUGCUUCGUGUCACGGCCCACAGAGAAGACCAUCUUCCUGCGCAUCAUGUAUGGCGUCACGUGCCUCUGUCUCACACUCAACGUCUGGGAGAUGCUGCACCUGGGCAUCGGCACCAUCACUGACAUCAUCCGCCGCCGGAGGGCCAGGCCGCCCGACGACGAGUACCAGCUGGGGCUGCUGGCAACGGCCGGCGUGUCCGUUGGCGUAGGGGGCACCGGCGGGCCGCUCAGUGAGGGUGAGGGCACUGGCGGCGUCGGGGGAGCGGGCGGCGCCGACUACGUGGGAUACCCGUUCUCCUGGAACACGCCGUCAGCGCCGCCGGGCUACAACAUCGUGGUUAAACCCGAGGCCAUGCCCUACACGGACCUGAGCAACGCCAAGAUGGCCUGCAAGCAGAACCGCGAGAACAUUGCACAGGAGCAGCAGCAGUACGGUUCCAACGAGGACAACUUCCCCACGGGCGCGGAGCCACGCGCACCGCCCCUCAACAACAAGGACGUCAUCAUCCAGCAGGCGCACGAUCAGCUGGAGGCCGCCAUACAGGCCUACAGCCAGCACCACGGCGGCCAUCAGCAAGAUGACACACACCGAAGCGGAGGCGGGGGUGCCGAUGACGAUGACAAGCCGCAGAGCAACAUCACCCCUGCGCAGAGGGAACGCAAGCACCACCACCGGGCCAAGUCUGGGAGGGGAGGAGGCAGCGCUGGGAGUGGGGGAGGGAGCAGUAGCAACAGCAGCAGCAAAUCAGGAGAGGGCAAGCCAUCUGUGUGGAUCUGAUACCUGCAUUACACUAGUAUCCAAUAUAUAGAUAUAGAAUAUAUAAUACGAAUAUACAACUUUAUAUAUAUGCAUUAUUCAACACAUACACACACACACACACACAGGUACACAGACACAGGUACACAUGCUAAUUAGAGUGAGGGGAAGGGAUGGUGCUUGGACACACCCUCUUAGUGCCUUCAGAGUUCCCUUGCCCUCUGCAGGAGAGAGAGAGGGGAUUUCUGGGAGAUUUCAUCAUUUCGAAUGCUUCCGCCCUGCACACUGACUGGCACAUGCCAAAAGAGCUGGCAGGCCUGCUAUCUGUCCGCCUCAACGAUGUGGCAUGGAAGCUCAUGACGAAUUAAUGCACCUUUGUCUUCCUCAAGGGGAGUCCUACAGAACCCCUUAUGGCUCGCAUUGUGUUUGAGAACUCACCGGAAACUCUCGAUUCGCUCCUUACCCAGCACCCACUCAGACAUGCCAAUCCCAAAGUCAACUGACUGACUGGCUGGCUAGCUGCCCUACGCAGCAGAUCAAAGACUCCUGUUUGAUUUGGAGUCAUGUGCCAUUCCAAACACAUACUGAAUUCCAAAUUCUUUAGUCCGUGACAUUCCAGACACUGUCUUCCAUGAUGAGAGUUGUCUAAUCCCAAGAGAUUCCCGGAGCAAUGCUGUCAGUUCCCUUUCCCCUGCCGACCCUUCUGGGGUGACACAGAAGCACAAUCUGAUUUGAAGGUGCCGGAGGUCGUGUGCUACCUCCAUUUCAGGGGGUUUAUGUGAAACUGAAAGGGUUGCCUGUAACUUGGACCCAGGACACCAGGCCAAAUUAGAUCCAGAGCCAUAUGAAAGCCCAUCCAGGAGCUUUUUGUAGGAUAGAAUGUGGUCGGAUGUAGUUUCAAGACUUUUUGCUUUUAUUGACCUUUUUUUUUUUUUUCAAAGGUAUGGUUAUGGUUAAUUCAUAUAAGUCGGUAAGAAAAUGACAGAGUAUGUAUGAAAUCUAGCAUUUUGAGGGGUAUGGGGGGGUGAAAUCACCAGCACUUGAACUAAUGCUAAACCCAUCCAGUGUUCUGUGAUUUUAGAUUAGAUUCAGUUGCAUUCCAGCUAAUCCAGGUAUUUCCAGAAAAAUUCCCACAAUCCUGCUCUUCUCUCUAUGUCUACCUAAUGCACAGUGGCGAGUCUUCCUCCUCUGAAUACUGUACAUUGCCAGUGCCAUGUGUCUGAGUAUGAGACAGGUGAAACAGGUACGCCUUUCUAUUGUAUUUAACUGUGCAUUAACAUGUUUGCAAAGACUGUGGGAGACCAUACACUGUUUUGAUAGCUUUGAUGAUGCCACCUAGAGCCAUGUACUCUGGCGGUUUAGCAAACGAAUACUUAUGCCAUAGAUACCUGACUAGAGAGAACACAGAUUUGUGAAUUUAAUCCCUUUAUGAGUCAAAAUGUUUUUUCUAUACGGUGAAGCCAAUGUGAAUGGCUGAAGAGACAAACAGGAUUUGCCUAAUUGUUUUUGUCCAAUCAAGUUAACGUUUUUUUCUAUGAACUUUUUUUAUAUCAGAAACUUCCAUUAUGAACAUAUCAGUUGUUUCUUUGGAUAAAAUCUUUAAUAUAUUUUUUCUUUCUUUCAUUUCCAACUUGUAAGAAAAACUAUUUUUAUAUUUAGCUGUAGCCUAGGUAAUGACAUACUGCAGUAAGGAAAAUUCUCAAACUUCAUGUAGGUGUUGUAGAAAUACAGUGUAUAUUGUACCAGUAGUAAACCGAUUAGGUUAAGAUGACCUGUUUUAUUUAAUGAUUCCUCGUUGGUUUAAGUCACAGUCCUGUUUACUCAAGGAAGAACUGACUGGCUGUUUCAGCAAGACUUUAAAACAGCAAUGAACCUUGUGCGCAAUGGUACUUGCUCAGAUUGAAAGAGGUGGUGUGUGUGUGUGUGUGUAUGCGUGCGUGCGUGAGUGUGUAUGUGUGUGUGUCAAUAUGGGUGUGCACACACGUGGGAGAGAGAGAACCACGGCCUUUAAAAAAUUACAAAUGCUUGUGUAUUGUAUCAAAGACAGGCCUAUGUUCUGUAAAAAUGAUAAAAUCACCGGAAGUUAUUCUUUUGUUGUCCUUGUGCGAGGAGUCCAACAAAAUGGAAAACUGACUUGAAAGAAGGAGAGUGAAGGUGUUAGUGAAUGACUCAAUCUUAAGCACUGACAUGUUACUUAUCAAGCACCUGUCACUCAGCGGGCCUGUACACUCUCAUUAGUCUGGGUGCCAUUUGCCUGUAUGUGUCUGUAUGCGUGGGCAAGUGUGUGUGUGUGUGUGUGUGUGUGUGUGUGUGUGUGUGUGUGUGUGCGCGCGCGCACACAUUUUCUGUUUGAGAGGAGUGAUGCCUCUAUACUUGUGCAAAUCAUCAUGUUAACUGUGUUUGUGUGAAUGUCGAAUUUGUAAUGGCAUUUUUUGAUUUUUUUUUCUCUUAAUGUCAACAGCUGGAGUCACCAGCAGUGUAAUAUAUUUCCAUUUUUGGAAACACUUUUUUCGAUUAAGUAUUCCUAAAUGCAUGUUUAAAGUUAUUUUGUUAAGACAUUCAAAUAAAUGACCAUGGAAAAAU